AUAGCAAGACACACAGCUAGGAAACUAAAGAAAAAAUUGGGUUACACUGUAUCACAACAAACUCUUGAAGGUGAAGAGUGCCCUGCAGUAAAGCACCUAAUGGGAGAUAAACUAGAAUAUGCACCACUAACCUCCCCUGCCUCUUACACCCCAAGACUCUUCCAACUCUCAGGAUCCACUGGUUGGUUCAGAGCCACUGAAGAGACUCAUGUGGCCUGCCCUGAGGAUAUUUCCAUUGUUCCUGAUCACUUUCCAUUCACACAAGAAACAAUAUACACUGCUGUGCAACCAGCUGUGUUUCUAAUUGAUGCCCAUUCUGUCCUAUACCUCUGGUUUGGUUGGUGGCCUGAACAGAAGAAUGCUUUAUUAAGGGAAAAGAACGCUUUCUCUGGCACAGCAAUGUCCCGCUGGGCACAAGAAAAGAAACUAUCACUUGAAACAGCUCUUAACUACGCUAAAGAGAGUGGGAGGAGUCCAUUACCCACAUUAUAUGUGGUGUCUGCUGGCUCUGAAGAUUUGGAGUUUAUAAACUUAUUUCCUUAUUGGAGAGACAAUCCUGACGUAGUCAAACUAAACAAUGCACAGGCUGGUGAUGGUACAAUUGUUAGAAGUCGAAGAUCAGGCGAAGAGGAAUUUUCUAAAUACACGAGAACUUCUUAUAGUUUGGAGGAGCUAAAGAAGAGACCAGAGGAACUGAAUCAUAAUAAACUGGAGACUUAUCUCUCUGACAAGGACUUUCAAGAUAUUUUUAAAAUGUCUAAAGACGAAUUUUCAUUAUUACCAACCUGGAAGCAAGUCAAUCACAAAAAGUCAAUCGGAAUAUUUUAACUCAUUGAAUAAUUAAAUUAAUGUCAUCUGUCCUAUAAUGAUUAUUAUUAUUGUUGUUUAAUAUGCAAUAAUCACAACGUUGUUCACACAUUUUUAAUGUUUUUUGUUAUAAUUAUAA